UUCGUUUUUCGGCAAAAAUAACCCCAAUUAAUCACAAGCAUAAGCUAAGGUUAAUAUUACAAGGGCAUUUUUAUGAGUGUCAAAUAAUAUAAAACAUAUUGGUCAAAUUUAUAUGAAAUAUGGUGAUAUAAAUGUGUGUAACGGCGGUUUAAUACAGCCUGGCUGAGGAUUAAUGUCCCUCUUGACACGCCGUAGCCACGCAUGGUUGCCUGGGAUCAUGUUGAAGGUGACAGGUAGAGUCGUCAUGGCCGGACCCUUCACCUUGUGGCCGGCCACCGUCUUGGCCGCGGCCGGUGACGGAAAGAAACAAGCAGCGUCGAGGAACCGGGACGACCUCACUGUGUACCCCGCCUCAGGCCAACAGAACGCCGUGUCCGAGGAGCCUGAAGGGGGUCAACUGGAGAGAAGUAUCGCCACCCUCCGAAAGCUGGCGGAACCGUACUCGGCUUGGUGUCGGACCACUUACGAUCACCUGGAACCUAAAGUCCAAAGCGUGGUUCGGUGCGGUCGUGACACGCUCACGUUCCUCAAAGACCCGCCGGGGGACUUCUACGCGCGGGCUGGAAUCAUCGGCUUCACCGGCGUGCUGGGGCUGCUUCUCGGAAGACGUUCCCGGGUGAAGAGGCUCAUCUACCCAGCGAGUCUGAUGGCAGUCAGCGCCUCCCUCUACUACCCGGAGCGGGCCGCGGCUAUCGCAAAGUCCGCCGGGGACACCCUGUAUGAUGGUGCCGUGUACAGCUACGCUGCCCUGGACAAGAUGCUCCAUCCCCCGAGCAAAAAAGCCGAGGGAGGUAGCGACUCAGGGGGGAAACGCUGAAGGUGUUGGGACGGAAUGACACAAGCCAUUUUUCUCAAUCAUAAGUGUUACCAAAACAAUGCAAACGUUUGUACCCUGAUGACAACUCAGGCUGGACAUGGCGUGCCACCAUGCUUCUUACUUGAACAUAUAUUUAUGCAAAUAAGUAAAUAAAAUGUCCCCCCUGUUUACAUUCUGGAGUGUUCAAAUAUGACUGCCACUGUUUACAACUUGGCAGUAAUCACAAUCAGAUUCAAAAUGAUCCAUAUACAGCACAAUCAAAUUAACCUGACUUGCCAGAUCCUUGUAGUUCGCCGAGCUCCACACAAGGAUCUGGGCUUGAGGGCAUUGCAAACUCCUUCAAGAUAGCAAAAAAUAAUGAACCAAUCAGGAUCGCUGGGCGUGAUUUCAUAGAUGUGAUGUAGCGCCGAAGCGACUGUUUGAUCCAAUCAAUGCAAAAAGGAGUCGUGUGCUGACAUUGAUUCUGCUAUUGCAACUGUUUUGCGACAUCGAUCAUCUACUGACAUUGCUGCGUUGUUUCAGUAAAAGUUCUCUAACUUUUCACUCUGUCGUUAUCCAAUAUGUCG